CGCCAUCGUCAUCCGUCAUCCGUUGGUCCCAGUGCUUGCUCAACUUGAACACGCAGCCUCGAAUACUUCACCCAGUCCUUAUGUGUAAACUGGACUGUCCAUAACUACAUGUGUUUUGGCUCCAAUUACAUUUCACCCGCUUCCUUGCCUGAUUAAUUGUAUUAGCAAGUUGGUUUCUGGAUCCUAACCUACAACAAAGGACACUCCUAUCCUUGGCCAGAAAUCAACCCUUUUGGCCAAUUCCGUGAACCCGCUUCCCGCUUCCUCCUCUUUCGCACAGGUAUAUAAGCAAUAUAAAGUGUUAUUCAUGGACCGUUGAUUUUGUCAGAAUCCGAGCGGAACUUGUCGGUGCUUAAUUUCCCCCGGUCCAGACCCGGCAGUCAUGGCGAGCGGUGCGGGUGUCGAUAUAAGCCAUCUCUCUGCAGAUCAGCGGGCAGCGCUGGAGCAGUACACUCAGGUUACCGCGCAGGACACAAAAGAUGCCGUGCCCCUUCUGGAGAGAUCCCAAUGGAACGUGCAGAUUGCUAUAGCUAAAUUCUUCGAUGGCGAAGGUCCUGAUCCAGUGGCCGAGGCUAUCGCAGCGGGCAACCAAGCUCCCCAACAGCAAUCACGACAUGAGAACCUACAAGAGAGCCUUCUAGCUUCGUCGAGUCCUUAUGGACGUCCCCGGCCGCGAGAGAGGCCCGAUCCCGCCCCCAGAAUAGUGCCUCAGCCAACUACCACACGGCGCACGCCGUUCCUCCUCGCCAUUAUCUUUGCGCCAUUCAACUUCGGGUACCGCGCAGUGUCGGCCUUCUUCCGCACAUUCGUUUACAUAUUCGCCUUCCUCCCUCCUUCUCUACGCCCACGAGCAUUAACAACGAGCAUGACAACCGGUUUUAGGGGCAGUAAGGGCCGUCGCAUGUUGAUGCCGCCGGAUACAGCCGCACGGCUUCGGCGGGAGUUUGAGGAGGAGUAUGGGACCAACGCGCUUCCCUUUCACGAGGGGGGAUUUGCACAAGCUUUGGACCUGGCGAAACGAGAUCUCAAGUUCUUGCUGAUUGUGCUUAUGUCACCAGAACACGACGAUACGGAAUCCUUCACGAGAGAUACGCUUCUCGCGCCUGAAGUGACCAACUUUAUCAAUGACCCAGCGAAUAACAUCAUCUUAUGGGGUGGCAAUGUACUCGAUUCAGAAGCCUAUCAAGUUGCCGCAGAAUAUAAUUGUACAAAGUUCCCAUUUUCGUGUCUUGUCUGUCUUACGCCGAAAGAAGGCAGCACGCGCAUGAGUAUCGUCAAGAGGCUAGCGGGUCCUCUCUCCCCUUCCACGUAUCUGGCGGAGAUCCAGACGGCCAUCAACAAGUAUGCGCCCGACCUAGCGGGGGUCCGUGCCGAACGGACAGCACAGCAAGUCUCACGCAACCUGCGUACAGAACAAGAUGAUGCCUACGAGCGGUCAUUAGCCCGCGAUCGUGAACGUGCGAGGCAGAGAAAAGAAGCCGAAGCAGCGGCAGCAGAAACAGAGCGGAAGGCCCAAGAAGAAGCCGAAGCAGCCGAGCGACGCGAGCGCCAGAGGCAGCAAUGGCGCAGAUGGCGCGCGACAACCAUCAAGCCGGAGCCAGGCUCGAAUGCGGAUCCCAAGGAUGUCGUACGCCUUGCGCUAAUGCUGCCAGUCGCGGGGCGUAUUGUCCGCCGGUUCGCUGCGGCGACGACCGUAGAGGAGUUGUAUGCAUUUGUCGAGUGUUACGACAUGUUAACUACGAACCCGGAACUAAAUGGCGAGGACGAGAAGAGAGAAGGCGAGGAUGGACAAGACGAUGACGAGAUAGAUCUCCCGGCGGAAAAGCCAGAGGGUUAUGUCCAUGAAUACGGCUUCCGCAUUGCAUCGCCCAUGCCUCGGGUCGUAUAUGAACCGGACGCGAAGGCCACGCUUAGUGAGCGGAUCGGGAGGUCAGGCAACUUGAUUGUCGAACUAGGCACUGACCAGUCUGAUGGCGAGUCUGACCCUGAGGAGUCUUGAAGCUGGACGGUUUUACGACGUUACUCUUAGAGAUUCAUACUAGGCAACUACUAGGUAGCGAGGCAGGCAAUUGUCACCUUGCUUGUAAUAUGCAAAAGAAGUUUUACAAUACUACUACCAAGGUCGCGAAUCCUGCCAAAAAAAAAAAAAAAAAAAA